AUGGCGCCCCCAAGAGUUAUUCACCACGAUACCUCAAUCGUUCAUACUCCCGAAUAUGAGGAUUUUAUCGCAAAACUUAGAGUCUAUCAUGAAAAGAGAGGCACGCAUUUCGAUCCUGAACCACGAGUUGGAACUAAGACAAUCGAUCUAUUGCACCUUUACAAUACUGUAAUUGAGCGCGGUGGCUACGAUAAAGUCAGCGAUGAAAAACUUGCCUGGAGAAAGCUUGGUUCAGAUUUCAACUUGGGAGCUAAUAAUUUACCUGCGCUGGCAUUUAGUCUCAAAACAACAUAUUACAAAUACCUCGCCGCAUAUGAAAUCUCAACGUACCAUGGCAAGGUGCCACCUCCCCGUGAAAUCCUGGAAGAUACAACCGCUAAAGGAGGGGGGCUUCUUUUUCGGACGAUGGACAAUUUCAGACCCUCGAUUCGUAGAGAGACGGGCAUGCUUGGUACAGAGAAUUCGGAGGCUUCUGGUGAUGAUGGUACACCUGUACGCGAUAGAAAUGGAAGUGAAGAGACACCUGGAUCUGGAGGCAGAAUGACUCGAGGUCUACGACAAGCUCCCCCACAGCGGGUGUUGUUUCAACCCGAUACCCAACCAUCUCGACAAGUUCGACAACAUCCCUCCGCGACUUCCCACCCUCCACCAACUCCACAGCACCACUUACCUCAACACCAAACGCCCUCCCAUUCGCAUCAACAUCACAUGCCACGAGUUGGUGGUCCCUUCUCACAUAAUCCUUCCUCUGGUACCGAAAAUAUGUCUCUCGCAGUUACAAAUUACGAACCUCGACUCCAGAUGCCAUUGACACUGCGACCUAUAAUUACACCUGGAAAUAACCCCAUCGAGUUUGCGCGACGUCAGAAGGCAUUGAAAGAUGCAGCUGCGGCCGCAGAAGGUGCCAAAACUAGUACAAUUCCAAGGGGGAUGAUGUUACCCGGCACUGGUUUUGAUGGACCCAACAUCUACGUUCGUUGCCUCUGUUCUCUGAGAUCAGGCAUCAAAGUUGAGCAAGAUUACGCUCUACACCAUCUGGUUAAAAUCUCCAUGGAACGUGGUGACAAAUACAAAUUCGAAGGAUUUCCAGGUCUUGCCGAAGCCCUGAUAGAAAAGAUGCUCGAAAUCAGUUCAUUGUUUUACGAUGUUCACUGGCAGAUAGCCUACACAGAAGAUGGCGACAUGAUAUCUACCACUGACACAAUCAACGGUCUGGAAGGCACACCAGAUAUACUGGAAAGAAUCAAACAUUUAGCUAAGCUACCAGUUGAUGAUAAUAUUCAAACCGAAGAAUUCAGUGAUACUCUUCUUCAGAUCAACGAGGCGGCAUUAACAAUGAGAAAUAUGGUAAUGUUAGAGGAAAACGCCUUUUACGUAUCUGAACUUGCACCUCUACGAGAUUUUCUCACCAUUGCCUUGAACCUCCCCAAUUCCGGCACUGUUGUAGAGUUAAAACACUACGCGCUAGAUAUCGCCGAACAGCUUACCAAGUAUCUUCACUUUGAGGUCGGAGAUCCUCUUUACCUUUCACUCCUCGCACAAUUGGAUUCACACGACCGAGGCGCUAUCUUGACUUCCCUGAGAGCUAUCAGCAGAAUAUCAAUGAAUCUUGAAGAGAACAAUCUCCUUAAGGGUGUGCCAGCAUCCGCUGUACAAAACAUUAUUGAUUGGACCUUGCUGAAUGACGAAGACCUUGCCCAUGCUUGUUUGGAUUUCCUCUAUCAGUACACCGCGGUUGUUGAGAAUGUGGAUUACCUUAUCACAGAGGUAAAAGCAGAGCCACUGGUCAAACAGUUGACACGACUCCUUAUGCAUGGCGCUCGCAUCAUAGAAAAAGAGUUCAACCUUGGAACUCAGUACAGAAAGCCUGCACCUUCAGAGAUUGCGCCUAUCCCACAAGAUUUACUACUGGAAAUUGCCAAGUUUGAAGAACCAGAGCGCAGUUCACGCUGGCUACGUUGCCUCUACGAAGAAGAUCCCGAUGAGUCCAUCACACAAAUUGCCUUGUGGCACGCCUAUCAACAACAAUUUAAUUACUUGGCUACACAAACAUCAAAAUCACUUCUACCUGCUGCAGAUUUUAUCAAGAAUGUGAGCACGACCUUUGGCGACAAAGCGAAUGCACAAGUUCAAAACGGACCAGUAACAAAAUUCAUCAUUAAAGGCAUCCGAUGCCGCAGUGAGCCAGUGGACCUACAAGGAGAGACAUACACCAAAUGCUUGUGGCGCACCCAUCUCGGAAAGCCCUGUGGAGAAUUCUACAUGACUCCUGAAGCAGGUUAUCAACAUAUUCUCAAAACUCAUUUUGGAGCCCAACUUAAUGCGGACAACAAAUACGUCAAUUCAACCUCAAAUCAACAAUAUGUUUGCGCAUGGGAUACAUGUUCUCGCUUCCGCUCCUCUCCUGCCACCAAGCUCUCAGAAGCCGCUACUCACAUCAAAGUUCAUCUCCCUCCUAAACGUACCCCUGCUAGCGAACGUGAAUCACAAGAACCUUCAGGUCCUCCACCAGCUAAGAAACACAAGCCAUCAUACAUCGUCCAGCCACCUCGUAUAAGCUUCAAAUACCACUUCACAGCUGUCGAUGAGCAUAAUGAUGCAGCAGGUAUUCCACUCAGUGCAGUACUCGUUCUCCGAAACUUGGCAAGGAAUGUCAGUAAGACCGAAGCAGAAGAGGCGGCUCUCAAGGAGGGUGAAGUUUCCUGGGUUGAUCGGUUGUUCAAGCCGGUGGAACCGAGAUUAUUCGCUAUCUAUGCGCAUAAUAAGAUUUUGGCCACUUAUAUGACAGAUCUUCUCAUCGCAAUCAAGGAUACGCAGGGUUGA